GGUUCAUGGACUAGCGUGUCUCACUGUAAUAUACUUAACAGACUGACGAUGCUCAUUGUGGGAGGUUGUCAGUCUAGCGUGACUGGAGUUUACGCACCAUCUUUACGUGCAAGAGAGCAUGGUUACACAUAUUUAUGCGGGUAAGGUGCUGGUGCGACCAUAUUGUCAGCGCAACUCGAGCAGCGGAGGAGGUUCAGGUUGGUCAUGUUCAAGAAAAGAAGUAAAUCACCCAGUCCAUCGAAAUCUCGCAGCCCUGAUGUCACUGGCGGACCGCCGGUUCCAACUCCUAGCAAAUCCUUUACUUUCCGAAAGUCAAAGGACUCGAGCCAACGCGACAAAAAAUCAGUAACACCGUCUAUGGAUUUUUCUCCGCGAGCUGACUCGUCUUCGUCUUCGAGCUAUGAUGCCUCCAGCCGAGAAAAACCUCUUCCAGAACCGAGCAGCUAUCAGAUCCUCCAAGAAUCAGCGGAAGAAACGAACGGUGUGACGGAAGGAACGGAUGGAAAGAUAAGUAAACUAUACAGAAUGGGAACCGACGCUCUUCUCAAGGCCAAUGAUACCUAUGUUACGGAGACUGGUUAUGUAAAAACCGUUCAAAAAUUCGGUACAAAUGUAAUGGACGCUAUCACCAAAGCCGAUAAUGGACUCAUCACGUCCGCCAAGCAAGCUAUCAGCUCGGCUAUGAGCAACAGCGCUGUAAUCGAGAAUGCAAUGCAUAUAGCCGACAAUCUUGCAGAUAUCGGAAAAGUGCUUCCAUUUGUUUCUCCUGCCUUUGUUCUGCUCAAAAUCAUUAUCGACAUCGAGAAGAAGGCUAGAGAUGCUGAGGCUAAAUGCACUGAUCUUUUGGAGCGUAUCAAUUUCAUGAUGGGAAAUCUGACUGUGCUUGAAAAGGUUUCAGUUACUGAAGCAGUCAAGGGAGUCGUCUUGCGUAUCGAAAAGACAUUGAAAACUUCUCUGGAUUUGAUCUCUGCUUAUCGAAAACAGGGUGUUAUCUCUCGUCGACUAAACUUUGGAAACAAGGACAAAUUUGAAUCUUGCGCAACCAAAGUCAAGGAUGUCACAGGUGACCUAAUGAUCAGUCUACAAAUUCAACAAACUGGUCAGCUCGACAUUCUCUCUCGUGGCAUACCCAUGGAUACAGACGACCAGUUGGCUCAAGAAUUUGUGAAUGUUCAUGGCGAGGAAGGCAAGAAAAAUCCAGAACUUGUUCAAAUGUUUGCACAACAGAUCCAUUGCACAAUGGAUGCAGACACCAUGCAACAACUCACUGUCGAUAUCACCGACAUUAUCAAAGAGAACCAAGAAGAGGUUAGGAAGCGGAUUCAGGAGCAAGUAGCUGAUGCGGUAGCGAAAGGUUUUGAAGACUUUAGCUUGCAUAUGCUGGAGAUCGAAAAAGAGGACAAGUUACUUUGUGUUCAAUGUGAUGAGGAAUACCGUGAGUCUCUCAACGGGAAGACAUCUUGCGCUUUUCACAAUGCCGGCUAUGAUGACUGGAACAAGUCAUGGCCAUGCUGUGGCCAAGGCCACCCAUGCGCACGUGGCCCCCAUCGACAAAAGCAUCACUCUGAAUACCCAUACAACAAUUUCUUCAAAUACGCCAGGGAUAUCAUUAACUACGUAGACACUGUAGAUGAAUGGGCAGAAUGCAAGGAUGCUGACUUGGAGACAGGGGCUAAAGAGUACGCUAUGAUCGGUCAUCUGCUAAGAUGGACUACCAAUGGUUAUAUGAUUGGAAAGCCUACGAUCCUAAUCCACAUUGGCACAGUGUGGUACGACCAGCCUUACUAUUUCCAAACAUUUACAAGCGAGGAUAUACAGAAGGUCAACAUGGAUCCUAGAUCGCUUUCCGAGAAAUGUUUGAUCUAUCGUACAACACCCAAUGAAGCGCAAUUCACUCUUGCAGAAUGGACAUUCGACAAGGAGGGUGUUGUCAAUGGCAUUCAAUUGACGGCAAAGGCAGCAAGCUCUGACGAAUAUGCCAUCAAGGUUGUACCAAUCUCUUCUGCUACAGCCGAACUUGCGGGAGACGUUCAAGUCAUCUCCAAAGGCGGUUUCAAGAUAUACACACCGAAUGCCCCUUAUAUCUUACCAGAGAUGCAGCGAAUUGGCCCCACCCUUCCGAGUCAGCCAUCCAGACCUGUGCGUGAUGACUUUGUAUCGUCGGGAUCAGCUCGUGUUGCCCUCCUCCAGGGAGAUCCGUUGGUGCCUAAUGCUCAGUAUGCCCGAGAAGACAUGGACUAUUUCCACGGAUCUAUUUCUGUUUUCAACAAAAGCAAGGACACUCCUAUAGUCAUUACCGGCAUCACCGCACAAUAUCGCAUGAUUGGUGACCAUGACUACCUCAAAGUCGAAGCAUUGGAUAUGGACGGGAGCCAGUUUCCAUUGAAAGUCGAGCCUUUUGACCACAAACCUGUCAUCUUCCGAGCAUCUGUUCCCCGCACAGAAAGCGAUGCGAAACUUGGCAUCAAGAUGUGGAACCGAGCUCUCGUUGCACGCGAUCGUCCGAUAAGAAUCAAAUUCGUCGCUCAAGAAAUAGAUGGCGACAAGGCUUCCCUUGUCAUGGAAUACGUGUUCAACCCAUACCCUCCCAGCAAACCCACAUCGGCAGAUUUUGGAUUCUUUUUCGUUGACGACAUUCCCAGAUGCGACCGAUAUGUAGUGCGUGUCAAAGCUGGAAGUGAUACCAACGUUGUGGAUAUUGGCAGCAAAAGUUACGGUGAACUCGAUUUACACCGAUUAGUUCAUCGUGCUAUAUCGAAUGGACGCUCAGAAGUGGACCUCAGCCUUAAUCGAGAUGAGGAUUCCGGUCUUUGGCGUUGGAACGCAUGGGCGUUGAUAGAUAUAUCUUGUAGAAGAGUCUAUGCAUUCAAAGUACUGAUUACCGAUGGCUUUUCGGUGUGCUUAGGAUAUGCCCCUUGUCCUGAGUAUGGCGAUGCUACUGAAACAAGAGAUAUCCAAUAUGCGGAUGAAAAGGCUUACCUUCCCGAAGUCACCUUAGACGAAUUGCCAGAGUAUGCUCAAAGUGAUGAUAUUGACGACGUCAUUGAGCAUGUUGAGAUCCCCAACGGCAAGCAGGCAAGCAAUGGCAACGGUGCUAGUAACGGUAUUGCCACCGAACAAACUCCUCCUAACGGCAACUUGGAAUUGCGACUAGAGUCAAUUGAUCGCAACUUGGAUCGAUUGGCUACAGCAAUGGAGAACUUAGUCACUCUUUUGGCGCAAAGGCAGUGAAAAUCACAUUAUAUAUUUUUUGCUACAUACCUAUAUCAUUUAUUUAUUAGUAUUAUUAAAAAAGACAGGGUUGGAAUUCUUUGGCAUUGUCCGAUGAUCCUCAAAGACACAUUUAUUA